GGGAGGCCGAGUCGGCUCGUUGACGUAGCCUAGAAGAGACAAGUAAGAGGCUAGAGCGGCCGGCAAUGGUUUUCGCCGACGAGGAAGCGGAAGUGAGUUGGGUCCGGAGCUGGGACAUGGAGUCCGGGCAGCAGCCGGUGUGGCGCGGCCUGGGGCUGCUCGGCAGAGGCGGGGACAACCCCGGGCUGGGCCCUGGGGGCUGCGAGAGGCGGCUGCUGUGGGUCGCGUCCUUGCUGUGCGUUUUGCUGGACCUGCAGUUGCCAGGUAACCAUGGUAACCGGGAGGCGAGGGGUCGUUUCCUCUUUGCCCUCAGCGACAGGGCUUCUGCUGGCCCCGCCCCCUGCGUAGGCGGUCGCCCCGCCCCUUUCUCUCUCCCCUCCCCCUGUGUUGCCGGGUCCUCCGCGUCAGGGUUCGCUCUGACGCCCCCAACCCACCUUCUAAGCCCCGCCCGCCACGGGCCCCGCCCCCUCACGUUGACGCCCCUUGUAGCCCCGCCCAUAUGCUUGUAGCCCCGCCCCUUUUCAUUGCCACUCUCACUUAGCAUGUUUCUAGUCCUUAGUGUUCUCCUCCAUCUUCCACAACUCAUGCCUUGCACUUCUGAUCUUUUGCAUCCGGUGGAAGGUUCCUGCCGGCUGCCAGUCAAUAUUGGUUGAGGUAGUUGCUCCCUCUGCCCUACUCCCAGUUUUCUCCACAAGGAGUACACUUAUUAUUUACCCAAACAGAGGCAGGGCUGUACAGGACCUGUCGGAUAACCUAACUGAAGGGAACAUCCCUUGAUUAUAAAACCAUACGCAUGUUUUCCUAAUGUAUCUUUAAUAUUUCUUUACAUGCCAUACAUAAGCAACGAUAGCAGCUAGUAUGUUGUUUCUUGGGGAAAGGUGUAACAGUACAGUAGUUUGAAGUUGGAACUGCCACUUGGAACAAGUUUGUGAUGUAUAUUAAAGUCUCUAGUCCAAUAGAUCGCUCUAGAUGUUUCCAUGGGUCUGGGGAGAUGGUGUUGAUUGAUCUUUGCAUCUUAUAUGGGACACAAAGAUAAGUGACAGGAGGCAGCUGUUUUUGAACACGAUGGAUUUAGUUUUAAAAAUGGUUUCACUGUUUGUUGAAUUUAUAAAAACAGCAAACCAGUUCUAGAGAUACUUGCCCUUCAGGCUUACUUCAGCAGGACACACCUUCUGGGUUUGCAGAAAGCUAUGCAGUGUGGAAAAAACUGCGAUUGGCAGAAUACCUGGUUCUGGAACCAGUAACUGACUGGAGUUUCCAGAAGUGAUCUUUCACAUCUCAUUCUACUUGAUUCUCCCCCUGGAAAUGCUAAGGAGUUUUUAACAGAGUCCCUUCAAUAGCAGAGAGUCCAGAGAGAAAAGAAACUAAUAAUGCUUUAAUGUGUGACCUGAACAAAAGCAGUACAUAAAUAUGAGGAGAAAGAAACAGGUUUUUCUGUUUCUUAAUUAAGGCCUUGUUCACAGCAGGAAGAUGUACAACUGCACAUAUAGGGGGAAACUCUCAGAACUACAUAGCCAGUCAGAGCAUGAGUUACCUCAGCAAGCACCAUGCCCUUCUGACUGGUUGCUAGGCAACACCUCCACCAUUUUCUUGGUUGGCUGGCUAUCUGUAAAUAGAAUUAACCCUUAGGUUGCUAACUUAAUUAUCCCUGCUGUUGUACUUCCAAGAUCAUCUUAUGCAGAGCAGGUGUCCUGCUAUUUUGCUUGCCCCCCCCCCCAAGUAGAGGCAUGCAUAUGUCCUCUACUCACACCUCUCUUUCUCCUGCUCUGUUACAAUGGCUAUUGGUCUCACAAACCAUUUCAUACCUUGCAGGUUUGCUGGCUGCUGGCCAAGCUGAGAUAGAAAACCACCUGGAAAUGGGGCGGAAGCUAUUGGCCGCUGGGCAGCUGGCUGAGGCACUAUCACACUACCACUCUGCAGUGGGUGAGUAAUAUAGCCUGUUUUGACUGUCAUCCCUGAGGCAUCUAACUGACAGGUGUCUUAUGGGCUUAUGCUGCCAUCUCAGUGUCGGUGUGUCACUCGACUUCUGAGCUCUCUCAAGGUAUAAGUUAGAGGGCCCUUGGAAGGUAAUGGUUCCACUACCUGAUCUGUUGUUUUUUGUAUAAUUUUAAAUCAUAAAUAUAGCUGCAGUUGGUUCAGAGAAAUGCAUGUGAAAGAGCUAAACCACAGCAAAUCCAGCCUAUCCCUAUAAUUAUUCGUUUAUGUUGCUACUCAUGAGGGGGACAGGGUGCAGAUGCAGAUCCGUACGCAUCUCACACAGUAUACGUUCUGUUAAGCAUACUGACAUUUAUUUCUGUUUGGUUUUUUUCCCCCUCGACUCUCCUAGAAAGUGAUCCCAAAAACUAUCUUACCUACUACAAAAGGGCAACUAUCUACUUAGCCAUGGGCAAGUUCAAGUCAGCGCUCCCUGACCUCUCAAAGGCUAUUGAGCUCAAGCCGGAUUUCAUGGCUGUAAGUUGUGUGUGUGUGUGUGUGUGUGUGUGUGUGUGUGUGUUCUCCCCCUCCCCACUAAGACCUUCUUAAUGGGAAAGGGUGCAGGGAGAAGGGUUUGUUUCCAGCUCAGAGAACCAGUUUGAAUGAUUCAAAUCAGUCCCCUGCUUCCUCUUUCAGUGCCUCUUGCAUGGGUGGAGAAUGAUUCAGAAUAGCAUGGGCAUGCUGGCAGAUGCCGUUGACACGGGUUAUAGCUAAUCCGCAGCCAUUAUUCGUUUUAUUUUUAAAGAUGUUCUAUCCUGUCUUCUGAUCAGCCGAUUUCAGGGAUAGCUUGCAACACAUUAGAUCCAUAUGGUUUUGUUAUUUUAAAUUGCCUAGCAGCCCUUGUGUGUCUUCCCCUCAAUACUGCUGUCCCAAGGCAAGCGGCACAGAGCAAGUUCCCUUUUUUUUUUGGAGGUGGGGGGUAGCGAGCUGCAGGGAGAUAGUAAGGUCCCUGCAGCUGCUCACCUUGCACUGAUGAAUGAGGCCAGGCUGGUCUUCCCUUUGCCAUGGUGUCCUUCUAAGGAAUCAGGAUGCAUGAGCAGCUUUGUGCGGUGGGUAUAUUUGUGAAGUUUCCCGUUUUGCUAUAUAAUCGGGGCCCUGCAUAUUCUUACUCUAUCCUUCCUUGCGUGUGUUUGCAAAUGUGCACAAGCGCAAACGGUUUGUGCAACCCAACUGAUAAGCUUCCUGUUUCCAAGCAGGAAAUGAUUGCUGUCACCCAAACCUACUUCCCCGUCACACUUGUCUUAAAGGAUCUGGGGGGUUUUCUGUCCCACAGGCCCGAUUACAGCGAGGCAACAUCCUCCUGAAACAAGGCAGCACGCAGGAGGCCAAGCAGGACUUUGAAGCUGUGGUAAGCAAUCUGCCCACAUCCACAUCACAGGUGCAGGAGCCCCAUCUAGCGAUGCACAUUCAUUUUCAUGUCUGGCAAUGGACCGCUGGUGAAAUAUAUUCUCUUGCCUCCUUAGAAUUCCAUUUCAGGGCCAUCAGAAAGGCUGUGUAGCUCAGCAGCAGUAGCCUGCAGCACCAGUCUCCGCUCAACACUGGCUGCAUACACACCAUCCAUUAAAAUCUUCCCACAAAGAACCCUGGGAAUUGUAGUUUAAGAGUCUAGUUUAGUUCUGUGGGGGUAAACUACCAUUCUCAGGAUUCUUUGGGCUUGUACGUUCUAUCCAGUUAGGAAAUUGCAGCAGCACACAUUGGAUUCAAACCUUGCAGUUAUGCAAAAUAUUGCUUUCACUGUGGUGUGCAAACAAUACCACGUAUGAUUCUUUGGGGAAGCUCACUUUGUAACAAGCAGAAAUGGUCCAGGAAUGGUGGGAUAUCUGCCCAGCUGAGCACCUUGGGAAAUUACCUUUCUCAUAAUUUCAAAUCCCCAAAUACAUCGCAACACCAUUGUUCUUUCUGUAUUGGCCCCCAUCUUUUCUCCCUGUUUCAUCUACAUGGACAUUUUCGGACCUGCUCAGAGAUUUGGAUUGACUCCUUAAAAUAUUCAGUGACCUAAUACAUGCGUUCUGUUUUAUUUUAUUGAAAAAAUGAUCUCAUCAGCUCCAAAGUAAUCCGGAAAAUACAGAGGCCCAAAGGCAGCUUGCCCGUGUCUCUGAGCUAGAAUUUUCCAUGCAAGAAGCCCGUACUGCCUUCCAGAGGAAGAACUACCUGGGAGCAAUCAGUAUUUUGGAUCAAGCAAUUGAGGUAUGUUGUCUUCAACUCCUCCUAGCUUUAUAUUCUUAUUUAAGCAGCGCCAUGGGUCAGGUUAACGGGCCUCAGAAGCUUGCCAUCCUGUCUUUAUAAUGAGGUAGUUGGUAUGAGAGUGCUAUGAGAGUCUUAAAAAGUCAUUCAGCUGUGUUGAAGUACAAUCGCACAGCAAGCACCUCUUGGGCCAACAUGUGGGGGUGUUUAACUUGUCUAUUGCUUGGAAUGGCUGGGGAGAAGUGGUGUCUGUGUGAGCGAGAGGACGGACCCUCUUUUUAACCUGCGUUGUUAGAACAUUGAGACCAGAACCUGGAAAACCAGGCUUCCAAACCCCAUUCAGCUGUGAAGCUCAUUGUGUGGCCUUGGGCCAGGCACUCUUUCUCACCCUCACACACCUCAUAAGGUUGUUGUGAGGAUGAAGUGGAGGAGGAGAAAUCCUUGUACACCACCUUGGAGGAAAAAUGGAAGUGGAAUAAAUAGCAUGGUCCUUGUCGCCUUCUGCCUCUUCCAAAGGGAGGUGGUGGUGCUGUGGUCUAAACCACUGAGCCUCUUGAGCUUGCUGAUCAGAAGGUCAGCGGUUUCAUGGGGUGAGCUCCCGUUGCUCUGUCCCAGCUCCUGCCAACCUAGCAGUUUGAAAGCACACCAGUGCAAGUAGAUAAAUAGGUACCACUGCGGUGGGAAAGUAAAUGGCAUUUCCGUGCGCUCUGGUUUCCGUCACGGUGUUCCGUUGCACCAGAAGCAGUUUAGUCAUGCUGGCCACAUGGACCUGGAAAGCUGUAUAUGGACUUAACUGUCCAGAGGUCCUUUGCCUUUUUACCUUUUACCUCUGUCUCUUCCCUCAUCUCCACCCACCCCGGUCACCUGAAGCUGGAAAAGAGCAGUGAAAAUCUAAUGGGCUUGGCACACUAUCAAGUCCUGGGGAGGGGAAUAAUAAAUAAAUUUUAUUUAUACAGACACACAAAACUCUGAAUAAAUAUAGCAGAAAUGAGUUUUUGGGUUGGGAGGGCCAUAGCUGAGCAUUAGAGCACCUCCAUGCAAUGAGGCCCAGGUGCAUGUUAGGAUUCCUGCUCCUGACAGUGUAAUCCCUGGCAUUUCCAGGUAGGGUGGAGAGAGACUCCCUGGCUGAAACCCUUGAGAGCCAGGGUGGACAAGUCAGGGUGGACUAUCCUGAGCUAGAUGGACCAGCCACCCAACUCUGUGUAAGGCAACUUCCUCUGCUACCAACCAAGGUUCUAAAGUAAAAACAGCAGGAGGCUUUGAGGAUAUUAACUUCCUCUCCUCUGUGCCCCAGAUCUCCCCCUGGGACCCAGAAGCAAAAGAGCUGCGUGCUGAGUGCUACCUGUACCUUGGCGACUACAACAAAGCCAUCAUGGACCUGAAACCCACCACCAAGCUGCGUAACGAUAACAGGGCGGCCUUCCUGAAGCUCAGCAAACUCUAUUACAACUUGGGGGAACACGAGGAGUCCUUAAAGUGAGUGGUGCAUGCAUGCAUGCAUAUGUUGUGCGGUGUGUUACAGACACGUGCAGGGGGGCCGUUCUGUACUACUUAUCCCAGGCACUGUGUCUGGAUUUAAUAAUAAAGCAGCUGGGGAGCAGCAUUGCACAGGCAGGGAGUUUCUGCACCCUCCUGGCCUUUCCACUGUCUUGGGUCCCUCCUGUUGCAUCUAGACCCGGUCUCUUUUCCUCCACAGCCAAGUGCGGGAGUGCUUGAAGCUGGAUCAGGACGACAAGGACUGCUUCUCCCACUACAAGCAAGUGAAGAAGCUCGCCAAGCAGCUGGAAUCUGCCGAGGAGCACAUCAGAUCUCAGAGGUGCGCUGAGUACCUCCCUAUGUCCACCCGCCUUAACCUUCCUGGGUUACUUGUUUGCAUGUGUGGCUGGCUAGAAGUCGGCAGCGCACAUUGAGUGGCUUCUGUGCACAUCAUUAUGCUCUAAGCAUGUGCAAAGGGUGUACAGAGGAAUGCUCUGUUCUGUAGCAUUUUAUGAGCUUGCGGGUUGAACCAAUAUGCAUAUAUUUGUUCAGUGUGUAUCAUCGCUUCUGUUUCUGCUGUUCACAGAGAGGGGAGGACACCUGUGCAAGACGCUGUUAAGUACAUAAACAGUUUCUGAGACUUCAACAGGCGGCAUAUUUACAGUACAUUAAGUCUAGAAAAUGUAAACUGAUAUUCUUGAGAUAAGAAAACAAGAACCAAGUUGCUGGUUCAGACCAAGGAUUCAUCUAGGCAGCCAUCCCACACAAAACGUAUUUCUGGGAAGUUCACUCCCAAACCAUGGGUAUCCUUCAUGAAUCUGUCUGCUCCCUUUUUUUUUUUUUUUUUUGAAAGUCACAUGAAGCUGCCUUUUAUCCUGAGUCAGACCGCUAGCCCAGAACUGGUUCUCUGAGGUCAGGUCAGAGCGUCUUUUCCCAGCUGUGAAGCCCAUGGUUGUUUUAACUGGAGAUAGACAGAACUGAAAAUGGUGCUUUGCCUGCUGAGAACACCCGGCUCCCUAACAAGGCAGAUUUGUAUGACUUUAAAAGGGGAGCUAUCAGACAACUUUGUGGCAAAUGGGUCUUAGCAGCUACCCAUGGAGCCAUCUAAGUUGGUCACCAUUUCUUGUAGUAGUGAGUUUUGUAAGAUAAUCAUGUGUUGCGAAGUGCUCCUUCACCUAUUGUCCAUCUUGUUUGUUUCAUUUCUCCAGUGCUGUGAGAAAAGAAAGCUCUCUCUUCUGUACUAUUCAUAAUUUAAUAGAUGUCUAUCGUGUGGUUUUGUUUGUGAAAACACAAUGUUGCUGCACUCCGGGGCCCGGUAGCAAUCUGCACUUGAGUAGAGUGAUAGCAGAAUAAUCACAGCCUUUCUGUUACACAGAUGGACCACGAAAUCAGACAAAUCACAUUCAGUUCUUUGGCUGCUCGUUAUCCCUUUGUCGCUGAGAGCAUUGUGCAGCCUCAAGGUUUGCAUGCUCCUUUCCUUUCCAUAUACAGUUGUCUUCUCUGUCAUUUCCCGGGGACAGGUACGAAGAUGCCAUUGAGAAGUAUAAAGCAGCCAUGAAAACUGAGCCCAACGUGGAGAUCUAUACCAGUAAGGCAAAAGGAGGCAUCUGCCACUGUUUAUCCAAGGUAAGGCAGUGUGGUUCAGCCUGUCUGAGGAGAUGAAUAGGAAGUAAAACAAACUUGGCUUUGUUUUGUUGUUUAAUUAAAGGAGUAAACAAUCAAAUACAACUACAAGAGUAUUUGGCAUAAACGAAUGAAAAUUCAUAACACUAGUAUUGCAAUUUUGUCCAUUUUAGAAUGAACUCUGACAGCCUUAGAAGUAAGAGAGAUGUCAGUUUUGAAAUCUAGGGAUCUGCAUUUGGUUUCCUGAUCUGCUGCUGGUAUCCUAUCUGUGCCUGGUCAUGUUCUCAGCCUCUCAUGCUUCUUCCUUCCUGUAGAAAUGAAACUUGUUGGCCUACAAUCAGAGUAGCCAACAGGGUGACCUCCAGUUGGUGUUGGACUCCCUAACAGCCAUCAAUUCCCCCAGCCAGCACGGCUAAUGGACAGGGUUGACCAGAAUCAUCCAUCAAGCAUCUAGAGGACACCCUGUUAGCUGCAACUGGCCUGUAUCUCAGGAAAGAUUUGAACCACCAUCUCUCUACUCUAUAACAGUGAUCCACUGGAUCAGAAUAGACAAUGGGGCAGAUAUGGUGGAGGGACAUGAUUGCUGGGAAACCAGUAGCAAAAAAAUUCCCUUCCCCUUUUUGUGUGCCACAGAGCAAACAGCCUCAUGAAGCUAUAGACAUCUGCACAGAAGCCCACCAACUCGACCCCAGGAACAUCUUCAUCUUGCGUGACAGAGCUGAAGCCUAUAUCCUGAACGAGGAGUUUGAAAAAGGUAAAAGCGUUGGUGAUGCAGGAGGACCAUGCCAGGACCGCAGCUCAGUGGUAGAGCAUCUGCUUUGCAUGCAGAAUCGUAGAGUUGGAAGGUACGCUGAGGAUCAUCUGGUUCAGGGUUUUCCCAUACUUGGGUCUCCAGCUGUUUUGGGACUGCAGUUCCCAUCAUCCCUGACCACUGGUCCUGCCAACUAGGGAUGAUGGGAGCUUGUAGUCCAAAAACAGAAGGAGACCGAAGUUAAGAAGCCUUGAUCUAGUCCAGCCCCCCUCUGCUCACUGGACCAAGCACACGGUCAUUGCUUGAAAAUUUUCCAAAUUUUCCAUUUUAUUUUAUUACAGUAAUAAAGGAUGUGGCUGUUUUUUUAAAGGAAUAUUUUAUUUUCUCUGGAUUUCAUGCACUUUGGUCAGAUUCCAGGUGCGCAGACCUGUGAGAUAAUGACGUUAAGAGACAAAAGUUGAAAAAAGUGGCUGCAAAAAAGUCACUUUUCCUCCUGUAUUAAAGCCAACUCUUUCCUUGUAGCGGUUGAAGACUAUCAAGAGGCCAAAGAGUUUGAUGGUGAAAACGAGGAAUUAAAAGAAGGGUUGGAGAGGGCACAGAAACUGCUGAAGCAAUCGAAGAAACGGGACUAUUACAAAAUCCUUGGGAUCCGGAGGUAUGGCAUGCACUUUCCGUAACUCUUUCCUGGUCCAGAAUUGGACCUGGAAACAAAUUGAGAGACAAUACAGCUGAUAGCAUCGGUUUAAUUGAAUCAAGAAACUGGGCUCACAACCUCCUCAUUUAUUUUGAACCCAUUGAUGCUGUUGGACAGUUUUCAAGGGCAGCCCCAUGUAGUAUGCAUAGCAGUAGUCUAAUCCAAACGUGAUUUCUCUCUAUGUGUAACUGUGGUAAGUUCAGCCUUCACCAGAGAAGGCUGCAAUUGAGACACACCAGCCCAAGCACAGCCACCACCUGUCUAUUCUUGAAUUCAAUGGGACUUGACUUUGACUGAAUCAGACCUUAAGUGAUAGCUUUGCCAGAGCAUAGUUUUAAACUUUUCAACUCUUGCCCUCCCCACCCAGCCACCCGGCGCUCACAAAAGGAUAUAAAUAUUGGAACAACUUCAAUAGUUUUAAAGACAAAGUCAGCCUGGCCAGGUUUCGGGUAAAUAUUUGAUGCGGCAAAGUAGAUGUACUGGUUGGUUGGCAGAGUGUUUUUAUGAGGUGGCAAUGGGGAAAAACAACUCUCUUGCGGCUCUAAUUAGGUUGCUGCAGGAAUAUGCAAGCCUUUGGGUUUGCGCAGGAGUCUCUGGUAGACAUGAAAGAUUUCUGUAUAUCUCCAGAGCUUGCAUACACUGAAUGCUGAGCUCAGUUGGCCAAACAUAGCAACGUCUUUUUACUUACCUACUUUGCUUCUCCUAUUCUUCUGAAACCCAUGGCACUGGAACCCAUGUCCGAGCUGUACAGUCUGUGGAAACUUUCAUGCUUAAAUUUGUUAUCAUUCACAUCACUGAAGAAAAUGAAGGAAAAAACUUAGUUUCUGUUUCCCCCCUGUCCCCCACUCUAGGAAUGCAAAUAAGCAGGAAAUCAUCAAAGCCUACCGGAAGCUAGCUCAGCAAUGGCACCCUGACAAUUUCCAGUCUGAAGAUGAGAAAAAAGAGGCUGAGAAGAAAUUCAUUGACAUUGCAGCUGCUAAAGAGGUCCUGACAGAUCCAGGUAAGGCCUGCCUGAUUAAAUUCAGGUUUGCGUGUGCUUCACUGUAGGCGAUAAAUUGGUUGUUUUGCACAACGAGUGCAAGAAUACAUAUUUGGCAUGUGUUCUUCUUUGCUAAGAUAGCCUGCCCCUUAACCACUAGAGUUUUGGGAGUAUGCAAUGGGUUACAACUGUACCAGUAGAAUGGUGAUUGCAUCUAAUUUCCCUGUACUUGCUAGCAUUUAAACUCCAAAUUUCCUCCAAGGAGCUCAGGAUACUGUGCAUGGUACUUCUUCCCCUUUAACCUUGCAACAGUCCUGUGUGGGCAGAUCAAGCUGUGAGUUGGUGAUAGUCCCAUCAUCACCCUUAUAACCUUGGUGAAUGGGUGCGAUUUGAAUCCUAGUCUCUCCUAGUCUAACCUCUGCAUCUCACUGAUUCACGCAGACAGAGACCACGUAGGGUGUGUGUGUGUGUGUGUGUGUGUGUGUACACCAUCUAGCACACAAUAAGUAUUUAAAUGGGUCUAGAAACAUCCACGUAUGGAGGGGAUGAGAUCUUUCAGAUUUGAAGAUAACAAGGAGCGCUUGAGAGAUACGAAGACCAGAGCUGGCUCUCUCCUUUUCUCCCACCCACAUGUGUCCACCCAGAUAUGCCUUGCACCUCUUUUGACCCAGUCUCUUCAACCUCUUUCCCACCCUACGUUUUUGUUCUCUGUUUUCUUCCCCCUUCCAGAAAUGCGGCAGAAGUUUGACUCCGGCGAGGACCCCCUGGACCCAGAGAACCAGCAGGGAGGGGCAGGACACCAGCACCAGUGGCCCUUCGAAUUCAACCCUUUUGGUUCUGGGAACUUCCACUUCAAAUUCCACUUCAAUUAACUUGGGACCGAGCCUUGGAACAAAAGGCAAAAAAAAAGAAAAAAAAGAAAAAGACCCUGUGGCUAGCAAGCAGGUGCCUGGACUUCUGGGCUGUGCAUUGUCCAUGCAGACACUGCAAAAGUUACCAGCCCCCAUCAGAAAACAACCGCUAUACAAUGGGGGUGGGUGGAGGUGGCCUCCCCGCUGCAUCCAGACAUCCCCGGCCCAGAUGUCCGGAUGCUUUUUCCAACUAGAGCUGAGGCUUGAAGAAAGAUGGUGUCGUCUUGCCUCUGGUUGGGGUUCCAAACAAUGUGGGGCUGCAAGGUGAGAUGUAACCAUGCAUGCAGGGCCUUGCAUACCUUUCUGAAAAUCCUGCUUUUCAUGGGAGUCCUUGCAACUCUGGAUUUAUGUAUGCAGCUCGACUUAGUUGGCCGAUGGGCUGUACCUCUCGUGUCUGCUGAGAUUCAUUUUUUUUAAGCUGGUGGUAAGGAAACUGAUUCCUCAUUCCCUGCCCCGACUCCCAUCUAUCCUUAAAAAAAUCCUUCACUGCCAUAUAACUACAAACCCUUUUAAAUUGUAAAAAGAAAAGAAAAGUGGGCAGGAGAGUAUACCGUCCUGUUCACCUGUUGGCAUGCAUUUGAGUUUGCCUACCUGAGAAAAUAUUUGCGUAAUGUGAAGUGUGGGGUGAUCUCUGCUGAUGGCAGAAAGCACCGCUGAGUCCUGCAACGGCCUUCCUCCGUUGCAACACCCGUAAUUUCGUUGAUGCAGCUAUUCAUCUUGAAAAGGCAGUGAGAAGCGCCUCUUUAUCAACACCCACCAGGUUUUGCGGUGGUUUGGGCCACCCUAUGAAGUGGCAAAAUUCAUCUCUUCUUUUGAUGGGGUGGAUUCCGGUAUUGCACAUUUGACUUCUCCCUUCCCCCAAAUACAAAGGGAAUAAUGGUCAAGAACCCAGUCUGGAUUUUGGGGGAGAGGAGCUUAGGUCAUACACCUUGCCCUAAAGUUAAUCCCUGUGAAAUCCCCUCCUUCCUUGCCACCGUUUGACUGUUACAGUGUGUGAAUUGCGAGUCUGCUAUUCUACCAUCCAAAUGAGGGAUUCUUGCCUCCCUCAAUUUACUCCAGUUAGGCAAAUUUUUAACUUUUCUUCCUCCUGCUCCAGGGCAAAAGGGGGAGGCACUGCUGUCCCCUUACCCCCCCCACCCACCCCAAGACAGCACAGUACUUCUAUAAAGCCUGAACCUGCUCUAGCCGUUGCCCAGGGGCCGAGGGAAGGAACGUUAAGGAGGGGGUGUUAAACCACCACCUAUUACCAAAAGUGUCAAGAUUAAACGUUUGUAUUGC